UGGUCGUAUGCCCAUCUUCAGCCUUACUAGAUAUUGCCAAAUUGUUUUCCAGAGUAGUUGUUGUUUAAUAGUUUUGAUUUUUUUUCUUUCAGUGCCUGAAGACCUCUCAUUAGAAGAGAGAGAAGAACUUUUAGACAUUCGUCGAAGAAAAAAGGAACUUAUUGAUGACAUUGAGAGACUGAAAUAUGAAAUAGCUGAAGUGAUGACAGAGAUUGACAACCUAACAUCUGUAGAGGAGAGCAAAACGACUCAGCGGAACAAGCAGAUAGCUAUGGGAAGGAAGAAAUUCAAUAUGGAUCCCAAAAAGGGAAUUCAGUUUCUAAUAGAAAAUGACCUGCUGCAGAGUUCCCCAGAAGACGUGGCCCAGUUCCUGUAUAAAGGAGAAGGCCUAAAUAAGACUGUCAUCGGGGACUAUCUGGGUGAGAGGGACGAAUUUAAUAUUAAAGUUCUUCAGGCUUUCGUUGAGCUCCAUGAGUUUGCAGACCUCAACCUUGUACAGGCCUUGAGGCAGUUCUUGUGGAGCUUCAGACUUCCCGGGGAGGCUCAGAAAAUUGACCGCAUGAUGGAGGCGUUCGCAUCACGCUACUGCCUGUGUAACCCCGGCGUCUUCCAGUCCACAGACACGUGCUACGUGCUGUCGUUCGCCAUCAUCAUGCUCAACACCAGCCUCCAUAACCACAACGUGCGGGACAAGCCCACGGCCGAGCGGUUCAUCACCAUGAACAGGGGCAUCAAUGAGGGAGGGGACCUCCCAGAGGAGCUGCUGAGGAACUUGUACGAGAGCAUCAAGAACGAGCCAUUUAAGAUCCCGGAGGACGACGGCAAUGACCUGACGCACACCUUCUUCAACCCCGACCGCGAGGGCUGGCUCCUGAAGCUGGGGGGGCGCGUGAAGACCUGGAAGCGGCGGUGGUUCAUCCUGACCGACAACUGCCUGUACUACUUCGAGUACACCACGGACAAGGAGCCCAGGGGCAUCAUCCCGCUGGAGAACCUCAGCAUCAGGGAGGUCGAGGACCCCCGGAAACCCAACUGCUUCGAGCUUUAUAACCCCAGCCACAAAGGGCAGGUCAUCAAAGCCUGUAAGACGGAGGCUGACGGCCGGGUGGUGGAGGGCAACCACGUGGUGUACCGCAUCUCCGCGCCGAGCCCCGAGGAGAAGGAGGAGUGGAUGAAGUCCAUCAGAGCGAGCAUCAGUAGGGAUCCUUUCUAUGACAUGUUGGCCACACGGAAAAGGAGGAUUGCCAAUAAAAAAUAGAGCUUUCCUGGCCUGAACAGGUAAAAGAAAGAACCAAAAUCCCACAGCAGAGAGGGACUGGGCCCUCCCCGGGACGCCCUGGACCCCGUGGGCGUCUCGGGAGGCAGUGCUCGCGGCUUCACGGGGGCCACUGCUCUGGGGUCGCCCC